ACCUGGGAGUCUAACUUUGACGUGGAGAAGCACAAGUUACGGGGCAUAGUUCCCAACAAUUUUUGUUUGAGAUCUUGCACUAUUCAGCUGUCCUUACCACCAUUCCCUACCAGUCAUCCAUUAGAUUUUCACUUAAAAAUCAAUUUUUUUGAUGAUUAUGAUGAAUGAUUGAUUAGCGAGAUUUGAUAGGGAUUGCCUUUACCCUGUUACGCUGAUCCAAUCGAUGAGAGCAUCAUGCAAGUUACACCAUGUGCUCCAAACUACCCAGUCACAUAUGCCUAAAAGGUGAAGUGGUUGUAUUCCAAUCAGUGCAACUUGGGAUCCUUCAAUUCUGUGGUAAGACUUGAUCUUUUAAUACUUAUAUGGAAUGCCUCUUCAGAAGAAUUUUCUUCAUAGAUGCUCCUUUUCCAUGGUAUGGAAGGCUUCUCUCAUCUGAAGCUGGUCUUGAAAUUCUCUGAUGCCUCUUCAGAACCAGACUGUCAGGUUCUGGAAUGAUGUUUGGCUUUUCUCCUUCCCCUUUUCAACUGUCCUAUUUCUUAUUUAUCCUAUCAUCAUGAAUAGUUAUAAUCUGGUGGCCUUCAUUCUGACCGGGAAGCCCAAUGUAUCUGGAAGCUAUUCUGGUAUAAUUCACUGGCCCAUCAACAUGGACCUGGUGGGCCAAGAAACUUAUGUGUUGAACCUUAAUGGGAAUGUUGUAAUGCCAGGGUUUAUUGAUUCACAUUUGCACUUGAUAUAUGGUGGCUUGCAGAUGGGACGAGUGGAACUUCGAGGUGUAAAAAGCCAAGAAGAAUUUGCAAGAAAGAUCAAAGAAGCUUUGAGAGAUAAACUUCAUGGUGAGUGGAUCUUAGGUGGCGGAUGGAACAAUGAUCUCUGGGGUGGAGAAUUACCUCUUGCUUCUUGGAUAGAUGGCAUCACACCUGACAACCCAGUAUGGCUUUCGCGCAUGGAUGGUCAUAUGGGAUUGGCCAAUUCACUUGCCCUAAAGAUAGCUGGAAUUAACAACAGUACAUGUGAUCCAGUUGGUGGAGCUAUUGCGAAGACUUUGGAGGGCGAGCCUAGUGGUCUGCUGGUUGAUUCUGCAAUGAAGCUUGUUCUAGCUGUGAUACCUGAAGUCUCGAUCCAUGAUAGGAGAGACUCACUGAUCAGAGCAAGCAAGUAUGCAUUAACGAGGGGAGUGACAACCGUGAUUGACUUUGGGAGAUUCUUUCCAGGCACAUCAGUUGAUCAUAUCUGGCAAGACUUUUCAGAUGUUUACCAAUGGGCUGAUUCUUCUGGGAAAAUGCUGAUCAGAGUUUGCUUAUUUUUUCCAAUGCAAACUUGGUCUCUACUGGUUGAUCUUAUUCAAGAAAAAGGUAGAGCCUUGAGUCAAUGGAUACAUUUGGGUGGUGUCAAAGCUUUUGCUGAUGGGUCUUUGGGAUCUAGUAGUGCACUUUUCUACGAGCCUUAUGAGGAGGAUCCAUACAGUUAUGGAUUGCAAGUAACAGAUAUAAAUUGGCUCCAAAAUGUGACAUUGCAUUCAGACAAAUUUGGACUUCAGGUUGCCAUUCAUGCCAUCGGAGACAAAGCCAACGAUAUGGUGCUGGAUAUGUAUAAUACUGUUGUAUCUUAUAAUGGAAUGAGGGAUCGCAGAUUUAGGAUUGAACAUGCCCAACAUCUGGUUCCAGGAUCAACCAUACGUUUUGGUGAACAAAGAAUUAUUGCCUCUGUACAGCCAGAUCAUCUCCUGGAUGAUGCUAAUUCUGCUGAAAAAAAAAUAGGCACCAUGAGGGCUCAGAGAGGAUCAUAUUUGUUCCGGUCACUCAUUGACAGUGAUGCAAUCUUAGCUUUUGGUUCUGAUUGGCCGGUUGCUGAUAUCAAUCCACUAGGAGCCAUAAAAACAGCACUAUACCGAGUCCCUCCAGGAUGGGAAAAUGCUUGGAUUCCGAGUGAGCGUAUGGCUUUAUAUGAUGCUCUGAAAGCGUCGACCAUUUCAGCUGCCUACGCUGGCUUCUUAGACCAAGAGUUGGGUAGUCUGUCCGCAGAUAAGUAUGCAGAUUUUGUAGUAUUACCAGUCGAUUCAUGGGAUCAAUUGGCAGGGGAUUUACCUACUACUGUAUUGGCAACUUAUGUAAAUGGCAAGCAAGCUUAUCCAUGAGAUUGUACCAAAUUUUUUUGCCUGAGUGAUGAAUCAAGGUGUCCUUGAGAUAAUAUAUAUAUAGAGUGCAAAGUUGAAGGUAGGGAUGAUAUGCUAUCAGCAAUAGUUGCUUUUAAUUUGUAAAGAAUCAUUAUGUAACUCAUGGUUGCAUCUGGAAGCAUACAAAGGUACGAAAGUAAAAACUACAUUUUGCCAA